AGCUCAGAAAUCGUACAAAACCAGCAUGCCAGCUAGUUUAGUGGAACAACUCUUGAGAUUGUGUUCACAGCAUGCGCUCUUUGCUCACAGUAAUAGUAAAUACCCUUAUCUGCUUUCUAUACCUUUGGUGCUUGUAGCUAUAAGCGUUGAACAACACUACAUUUUACUUGACAGCCAGCUAGUUGCGGCAAGUAGACCAACUGCGCCUUUCAUUUGUUUCUUACUCUCGAGUUUGAUUUAGUCGAAGGGCUAUGACAUUCAUUAUCAGAUCAGCUCUCGUGAAAAACAGGAGUUUAUGGCUUCCAGGUCUCAGUGCUGUAAGGGCCAUAUCCUCUCCGGGGGGCCCCACUCCUCCUUUUACCACCCUGUCCGUCAGUCAACCUGCCACUGCUGUCACUCACAUAGAGCUGCACCGGCCAGAGAAACGCAAUGCCAUGAACAAAGCCUUCUGGAGAGAAAUGGUGGAGUGCUUUACACAGAUAGCUGAGGACCCGGAUUGCCGGGUGGUUGUCGUCUCCGGUGCAGGAGAAGUCUUCACAGCUGGCAUAGACUUGAUGGACAUGGCCAGUGAAGUCUUGCAUCCUGAAGGGGACGACAUGGCCAGGACAUCCUGGAACAUGCGACGCAUCAUCGCCAAGUACCAGGAAACCUUCAGCGUCAUUGAAAGGUGUCCAAAGCCAGUGGUUGUGGCAGUGCAGGGAGCUUGUGUUGGAGGAGGUGUGGAUCUAAUCACAGCCUGUGAUAUCCGUCUCUGCACUCAAGAUGCCUGGUUUCAGGUGAAGGAAGUAGAUAUUGGUCUAGCAGCUGACGUUGGAACUCUGCAGCGCCUACCUAAAGUCAUUGGGAGCCGGAGCCUGGUGAAUGAGUUGGCUCUGACAGCGAGGAAGAUGUACGCCGAUGAGGCCAAGGAAAGUGGAUUAGUCAGCCGUGUAUUUCCGGACAAGGAGUCGAUGUUGGCUGGAGCUCUUGAGAUGGCAGGGGAGAUAGCAGGCCGCAGCCCUGUGGCUGUCCAGGGAACCAAGGUCAACCUGAUCUACUCCAGAGACCACAGUGUGGCAGAGGGCCUGAACUACAUGGCAACGUGGAACAUGAGCAUGCUGCAGACGGAGGAUGUCAUGAAGUCAGCUGCAGCCUCCAUGGAGAAGAAGAGUCCUAAAACAAUAACUUUCUCCAAGCUCUGAACCUGAGGAGCAGAAAGAGGCUGAAGUGCAGCUUUUCUUAGACGAGGGGGAAUGGAUGGAGGGGAUUAUCUACUGAACUAGUGGAUACAAUUUGUAUGUCUCUGCGUCCAGUAUUAAGGUAGUUUUGGGCGUUAGCGAUAGCUUACACUAACAAUAGUGCUGGAAGUCUUUGCUGUACCCGAACACUUCCAGUGUUUGCGCUCUAGCAUGCUAGCUGUACCCGAAGACUUCCAGUCUUUGCACUAAGCUAGUAAACGUUGGCUCGCAAAUCUACCUCGUAACUUCCUUCAUACUAGACGCAGAGACAUGCAAAUAGUGUCCACGAGUUCAUCUGGGUCAGUUGAUAAAUGCCAAAAUGACCAACUAUCCAUUUAAGCUAAUAUGAAAAGGACUUAUUUCGCCUCCUGACUCCAGCAGAUGCAUAUGUUUGUGUGUUGGUGCCUUGUUGUCUGUCAGAAUCACCCAAAGCAGAGCUGUCUGUAAACUAAAGAGUUAGGGGCCUCUCUCUUGCUAGCUCCGCAUGUAGGAUUCAGGUUGGGUACUCGACCAACCAGCCUCACACUUUUGUAAAUCUAUAAAAAUGAUUGCAUCAUAAAACCUUUUUUUUAAUUUUUAAUUUUUAUUAAAGAUGAACUGAGCCUAAGGGCCCUGUUUCAACAUGUUAAGUGUU